ACUCACGAGUAAAUCACCCGAAACUUCUGCUUUAUAAGCUUUAACUCGGGAUAAUCGGGCAGACUGAUUGUCAGUUGCAGCAGAAAUUUGGAAAUGACAUACUACCAGCAACAGCCCUUUUCCAGCCCUCAAAUCCCCUUUACCGGCUCAAUUCAAGGAGGACUGCAGGAAGGCAAGAGCAUCACUGUAAGUGGAAGAGUGUUGCCAGGAGCCAACAGAUUCCACGUGAAUCUCCAGUGUGGUUCUAGACCGGAUGCUGAUAUCGCCCUGCACUUUAACCCACGUUAUGACUCCAAGACAGGAUAUAUAGUUACCAACUUCAGGAAGAAUUCCCAUUAUGGUACAGAGGAGCGCAUCCACCAGGCCCUCUUCCCCAUGGGAAACCAUUUCAACCUGCACAUAUUGGUUACAAGUUACUCAUACAAGAUAAGUGUCAAUGGCAACCAUGUCAUGGAUUUCAAGCACCAUAUCCCAAUCAACAUGGUGGACACUAUCGUAGUGGAUGGGAUGGUGGAGGUUUAUACCAUCAGUUUCCAGGAUGCUGCGGUACCUUCAGUUGCUGCUCAAGCAAGCUAUAGCAUGCCAUACAUAACCACCAUCCUUGGUGGACUGCAGCCUGGCAAAAAUAUUUCCAUCCAGGGGAUCGUUAAUCCUCAUGCCUCCAGAUUUCAGAUCAACCUGCGUCACAGUAGUGGGAUUGCCUUUCACUAUAAUCCUCGCUUUGGGGAGAACUUGGUUGUGUGCAAUACCCUAACAAAUGGGCAGUGGGGCUCAGAAGAGCGCUCUGGAGGAAUGCCAUUUCACAUGGGACAAAACUUCCAUUUGAUCAUCACAUGCAAUCCCCAUCAUUACAAUGUGUUUGUCAACGGCAACCAAGUGCAAACCUACAACCACCGCUUUACCAACCUGUGGGAGAUCAAUGCUCUGGAGGUGUCUGGUGACAUGAGCUUGACUGGUGUAAAUGUUUAGCACAUUUUUAUCUCAUAUUUUUGUGCAGUGUUUUAAAAGUUAAAGUCAAAGUUAGAAUAAUGUGUAAUUUUUAAUUAGGACAUAUGAAUAUUAUGACUUCAAUUUGAUCAAUAAAAUAAAAUCCAGUUGUUGAACCCA